GUCUAUGCAGAACCCUCCAAUUCCUGUCCCCCAGCGCUCCUGCCAUCAGUCAUGGCUCUGUAUUCUUAUUCUCUCCUCGCAUUACAGCACAAACCAGAGCCUUCGCCUCCUCCACAGAAGAGGGGCUUAUGUCCCAGAAAAGACUUUGUAAGAGAAUUUACAUUUGAGGAACUUCAGGCCUUGAGGGGGAAAAUAAGGUUGGGGGAUUAAGAUGUGGACUUAAUGAAAGCCUGUUUUUCACUCUAAAAAUUCAAGAGGACACGCUAAGAACGAUCAUUGCUAUUUAUUUGUCUUAAAUUAGAAAUCAUGGGCAUUGUAUAGUUGAUUUUUACUUAUCGUGACUUGCUCACUAGAAACUUCGUGAUCUCUUUCUGUUAUAUUUUAAAAAGAUGUUUUUAAACGGUUUUAUCUUCAAGAAAUAUUAGGAAAAAAAACUGAGGUAGGGUCCACCAUUUAGAAUCAGAUAUCCAGAAUGUAACAUAUGUUACAAUUCAGUUUCUAAACCACUCUCCUAAAAUCAUAAUGUGAGAUGAUUCUCAGCUUGCCAAAUUUUCCAGAGUUGUGAAAUAGGUUAUGUCGCUCAAUCCAGUGUUUAUUUGAGGGAAUUCAUGGUUGGCAGGGUCCCCAUUAUACAUCAGAAGUUUUUAUUUCUUAUUUUCUACCACUCAUGUAAAGAUUAGGAUUUGUUUUAACUGCCUAUUUCAAGAUAAUGAUUCCAAAUCCGAGCCUUAAAUUUCAUAUCUAACAUGUUUGUUGUUUUUCCCUGUCACAUACAUUAAUUCUAGGUUCAAGGCCAUGUCACCCUAAAGCAGCCCUCACUUGUUUUGCAGCUGCAAUGCUGUUGCUUAACCAUAACUCUUGGCCUCUCUCCAGACUGUUUUUUGUUUUUUUUUUUUUUUUUUUUUUUUUUUUGCAAAAUGUCCUUGAUGGUCAUAAUGGUGUAUUUUUUAAAAAUUCCAGUUGUCUUUGUAAGUUUUCUUAUAUCCCAUCUUACAUUCAAUUCCCCCCGCAAACCUCCCACUAGAUAAACCACUUCCCGCUCUAUUCUUUAUCUUGAGACUGACUUCUAGGAAGGCUGUCCACAGCUGCCUCAGGCAGAAGGCUAACUAGGAGAAUAUUAGGUCGUGUGUUUGGAUUCCUGUUCUCCAAACAAUUCUAAUUAAAACUAGUCCACUACCCCCACCAACACGUUCAGAAGGAAAAAAAUGUUGCAGAAUCCCCAAAUGCCCGUAUCACUUCAUUAUACCAUUUGGGUAACUUUAUGGCACCUGCAGGACUAGUUCAUGCCAGGCCCAUUUGUAACUAUUUUCUCUAGUUAAACAUGAUACUGCCAUUAAAAGCACAGUAAAUAGGAUUACACUGCCUAAGAAUCUAGGAAUUUCUCAAAUAUGUGAGAAAAUGUGAAAGCACAGGGAUAAUAGAAAUGUAUUUUAUAAACACAUGCUAGGAGAUGGAAUUGUGUCAUGAUGACCCACAUUAAAGAAACAUGAUUGAAGCGAAUCCAUUAUUUAUACCCUGACUUUCUAUUGUGUAUAUAUAUAUAUAUAUAUUACUCCAAAAAAAGUUAUUCUUGUUUCCUAAUUGUGAGCUUACCCAUUGUGUAAAAUCGGCCCUAACACUUCUUAUUCACAGGCCACAUCUCCUUCGUACAUGUACUUUGCCUCUAUAUGUACAUGUGUUAUGUGUAAUCGUAGAUCAGCUCUGCAAGAUAUAUAGAUAUCCCUAUUUUAUGGUGAUGGAGACUGAGGCUUAGAGAAGUUAUGCAACUUACCUAAAGUUACACACCUUCCAAGUAGCAGAGCCAGCAUUCAAACUUAGACCCAUCUGACUCCAAAGCCAGUGCCCUGUACACUAGACCACACUGUCUUUCUUAGGUUGGAUCUAAAAAAAAAUACUACCAGCUGGUUGGUUUUUUAACUAACUGUAGGAACACAAUCUAGUAUUAAGUAGAGUAUGCAUGCUGCAUAGUGGACUGAGGCAGAGUAAAACCCAUUAGUGCACCACUUUAAGGCAAGAAAAUGUAUUAUCUAAGGAAUAUCAUUAAAAUUUCCUUAAUUCCCUCCAUGAACAAACAAACAAAAAGUUAAAAUGAAAGCAGUGGGGAAUGAAGGGAGUCGGGGAUCAUAACAUAGGAGUGUUAAAUAUUAAAGUUAGAAAAGAAAAUACAUUUCUCUAUCAAUGUUUAAAAUGCUAGAAAUUAUGCAUGCUUUUACUAUAACAAAGAAUACUUUAUUUGGGGAAUAACUUAAUUGAUCCAUGAUGUGGCGUUUACCAAGGUAAUUUUUCCCUUUUUGUUCCAGCAGUAGGAAUUAGAGGUGGUUCAUAAAACACACAAUCACCAUGUAAAUUGAAACCACAUUAAGAUCAUAGUCAUCUUAUGUUGUUUCCCUAAAAUGGUUCUCAUUUGCCCCACUAUUCAAAUCAGAGUGCACGAAGAUGUUGUUCUGAGUCAGGGAAGAUUUAGAAUGCUCUGUGAACAGUUUUAUACUGAACUUCAGAGUUCAGUUACUGCACUUAUUUUUUGGUGUGUGUGUGCACAGUUGGGUUUUUUGUUUGUUUUGCUAUUUGAAUUACUGUUUGGCCAUUUUAAUGUAUAUAACUGAUAAAUCCAGGCGGAUAAUCUGUAUGUCUGCUCUCUCAGUUUCUUUCCAUAACACAAGCCUGAACAUAUUGCUCUCCUGAUUAAAAACUUUCAGUGGUUCUGAUUAGACAAGACUUUUCGUUGCAGUCGACAGAAACCUAAUGGGACCAUUGAAGAAUUCCAAACAGGCAAGUGACAGGAACAUAUUUGCAUGUUAGAAGAAUCAGCCUGGCAGCAGCACUGUGAUUAGAAUGAAGGGGAACCGUCCAAAAACAGACUAGGGAACCAAUAUGGAUCUGCCUCUAGCAUGCGGAAAUAUCUCUCUACACUGACCUGACUCACUAAGCUUGUGGUUUGUUUAAAGGAAGCCACAUGAAAAUUGAGUUUGGGCCAAUAGAGUGAACUGGUUCUCCAUUCUCUAGCAUCCCUCCCCAUGCAACCCCGCUAUCCCUGCCAAGUUUCUGGGCACCACAGAUUGGAAAGUAGCCUCCUGUAGGUAGUUGCCCAUGUUAAGUGGUGGGGUCUCUUUCUGUCUUCCCUUCUUGGUCUCACCUGUCUGGUGUGACAAAGGAAGCAUGUGCCAACCAAGGCUAGACCCUUGUGAGACCAGAGCAGCCCCACUUUCGGUAAAGCAAGCAACCUCUGCUUACUUGCCCCACACGCCCUAGCUUCCAUGUUCCUUGCCUUGUGAGUUAUCUUCUUGGGUACAAUUUAACACAGCAUUCCCACCUCCUUAUAACUAAAAUAGAUAGAGGGGGCUUUGUGCCUCAACCCCUAGGAGACCAUCUUGGCAAUCUCUGCCUCUGUGACAGGGCACUUGCUCCCCGGGCAACUCUUUUCCCAGGUCAUCUUCCCCCUGGACAUGCCCAUCAGAUUUAGUAGUGUGCCCACUUGGCAGAAAAAUGGGGUCCCUUUGUUGCUGAUUCUUAGGAAUGUGAGGUUCUCCCAGCCAGAGCUCUCAGCACUAAAAGUUCUAGUCUCUGCGUAAUGGCCGGCACAUCUUUGGCGUAUCUAAAAUCCUCUUCAGUUUCCAGCAGGGCCUUUAUAAGCUUCUUCUGAAGGUCUCAGACAUUCAGCCACGGAACUCAACUGGAAUUAGUUUGGAUAACAUGACUGAUUUCAAAGCCCGGACCCCUUAGACGUGCCCAUUUGGUGCUGCAAGUACCGACCAUUACUACAACAUCUUACAGUCAACGAAUUUGACACAUUAAAGAUUUAUAUCCUUCCUUCUGGGUUAGAAAUCUUCUCUCCCCUAAAGCAUCUCAGUUUCCAGCAUGCAAUCAUUUCCAUCUUAUGGAAAUCAGCCGUCCCGGUCCGUGCCAGCAUGCUACCCUGGGAGGCACAUCCAGGCUUGGGAAACGGGGGUGUCCUGGAUCUCAUGACUCCAGCAGCACCAGCUGCUCUCUUUCCUCUUCCAAGUAGACUUCCGUUCCCCCCCUACUUGGGUGUUUUUGUUUGUUUUAGCAAUUCAGAGCUCAAGAUAAAGACCUUAAAGAUAACUUUGUGUGUCUCUCCCUUUCUAGGUAUUUGCAUAGGAAUCAGAGGAGUUAAUCUUGUUUGAAUCUUCAGACAAACUUCUGGGAGGACUCGGUCCCUGCCUCACAGCAGAUGUUUCCUGUCACUCAGUAGCCAAUCCGGGGGACCCAGGACAUGCCCCAGCUAUAGUGAUGCAGAUUACCUUUCUGCUCCUGAAUCGCACCUGUGCCUCAGACUUUCUCCCCUCAGCUUGAGACUGCAUGUAAACUGGGAUGUGUGAAAGCAGGAAGCAAAGCUAGUGACAGCUGAGAGGCCCAUGUCUGGGUAGAACCAGGCCCACGAUGCUGCCUCUCCCGUGGUCUGGAGUUCAGCUGCAGGGACUCUGCUGAUGUGCCCAGCACCAUCGUUCUGUUUGUGCUUAAAUGGCACAGCAUUUGGUCAGCACAUCUGAAAAGGAAGGUGUGAGAAGCAAAGCCCAUGGCCACGUUCCCCUGCCAGUUAUGUGGCAAGACGUUCCUCACCCUGGAGAAGUUCACGAUUCACAAUUAUUCCCACUCCAGGGAGCGGCCGUAUAAGUGUGUGCAGCCUGACUGUGGCAAAGCCUUUGUUUCCAGAUAUAAAUUGAUGAGGCAUAUGGCUACCCAUUCUCCCCAGAAAUCUCACCAGUGUGCUCACUGUGAGAAGACGUUCAACCGGAAAGACCACCUGAAAAACCACCUCCAGACCCACGACCCCAACAAAAUGGCCUUUGGGUGUGAGGAGUGUGGGAAGAAGUACAACACCAUUCUUGGCUAUAAGAGGCACCUGGCCCUCCAUGCGGCCAGCAGUGGGGACCUCACCUGUGGGGUCUGUGCCCUUGAGCUAGGGAGCACCGAGGUGCUACUGGACCACCUCAAAGCCCAUGCGGAAGAGAAGCCCCCUAGCGGAACUAAGGAGAAGAAGCACCAGUGCGACCACUGUGAAAGAUGCUUCUACACCCGGAAGGAUGUGCGACGCCACCUGGUGGUCCACACAGGAUGCAAGGACUUCCUGUGCCAGUUCUGUGCCCAGAGAUUUGGGCGCAAGGAUCACCUCACCCGGCAUACCAAGAAGACCCAUUCACAGGAGCUGAUGAAAGAGAGCUUGCAGACCGGAGACCUUCUGAGCACCUUCCACACCAUCUCGCCUUCAUUCCAACUGAAGGCUGCUGCCUUGCCUCCUUUCCCUUUAGGAGCUUCUGCCCAGAACGGGCUUGCAAGUAGCUUGCCAGCUGAGGUCCACAGCCUCACCCUCAGUCCCCCAGAACAAACCGCCCAGCCUAUGCAGCCGCUGCCAGAAUCCCUGGCCUCUCUCCACCCCUCGGUAUCCCCUGGCUCUCCUCCGCCACCCCUUCCCAAUCACAAGUACAACACCACUUCUACCUCAUACUCCCCACUUGCAAGCCUGCCCCUCAAAGCAGAUACUAAAGGUUUUUGCAAUAUCAGUUUGUUUGAGGACUUGCCUCUGCAAGAGCCUCAGUCACCUCAAAAGCUCAACCCAGGUUUUGAUCUGGCUAAGGGAAAUGCUGGUAAAGUAAACCUGCCCAAGGAGCUGCCUGCAGAUGCUGUGAACCUAACAAUACCUGCCUCUCUGGACCUGUCCCCCCUGUUGGGCUUCUGGCAGCUGCCCCCUCCUGCUACCCAAAAUACCUUUGGGAAUAGCACUCUUGCCCUGGGGCCUGGGGAAUCUCUGCCCCACAGGUUAAGCUGUCUGGGGCAGCAGCAGCAAGAACCCCCACUUGCCAUGGGCACUGUGAGCCUGGGCCAGCUCCCCCUGCCCCCCAUCCCUCAUGUGUUCUCAGCUGGCACUGGCUCUGCCAUCCUGCCUCAUUUCCAUCAUGCAUUCAGAUAAUUGAUUUUUAAAGUGUAUUUUUCGUAUUCUGGAAGAUGUUUUAAGAAGCAUUUUAAAUGUCAGUUACAAUAUGAGAAAGAUUUGGAAAACGACUGGGACUAUGGCUUAUUCAGUGAUGACUGGCUUGAGAUAAGAGAAUUCUCGAACUGCAUGUAUCGUGCCAAUCUGUCCUGAGUGUUCAUGCUUUGUACCAAAUUUAAUGAACGCGUGUUCUGUAAUCAAACUGCAAAUAUUGUCAUAACCAACAUCCAAAAUGACGGCUGCUAUAUAUAAGUGUUUGUCAUAUGGAAUUUAAUCGUAAGCCAUGAUCAUAAUGUUAACUAAAUAACUUUUAUGUGGCACUGCCUAGUAAGGGAACUAUGGAAAGGUUUGGAUUUCUCCAAAUCUGGGAGAAUUUUCAAAAUAAGAAAACAACCUUUAUAUGAUAUAUUAUGACUAGGCUGUGUAUUUCUUUUCAGGGAUUUUUCUACCUUCAGGGUUGGAUGUAGUUUAGUUACUAUUACCAUAGCCAACCUGUAGUUUUACAUAUACAAUUUCUUGUGGAGUAAUAGAGUUCUCCAUUUUACAAAAGCAUUUUAAAUGUAGUUUGAAUAUUUUCCACAAGAUGCUGCAAUGUGAGUUAUCACUUCAUUUAUCUUAAAGAGUAAACUGGUUGUCAGUUACAUCUGACAGAAAAAAAAAAAAAAAUCACUGUGUAACCAGGUUAAGUGGUAAAAUAAUCCAGGCGUCAGUCAAAGGCAUUUUGCUGACUUUAAUAUUGAUUAUAUUUUUAACAGGAAUUUAAGAAAAUAUUACUGGAAUUAAAAAUAUAUAUAUAUUAAACAAGAAUUUUCUUUGCUCUGUCUAGCUUAAACUACUACUCAAGCUGCUUAAGUUCUUAAGUAUUGUUUUUAAUCACCAAUAAAUAAGUGCAUUUGUAAUUCAUCAGUCAUUAUUAGCUUUUAUUAAAAGAAGAUUAUGUUUUACAAUGUAACUAUAAUCUCUUGAAUUUGGUAUCUUAUUAAUGAGUUUUAAAGAUGUAAAACCUAACCUUUUUUAAAGCUCCAUUGUCUUAUGUUUUUAGAGGCUUUCUUUUCUUUUCCAUAAACAUAUAUCUUACAUAUAAUAAACUUUUCAAAUCUUGCAA